GCUAUAUUUUAAACGAGAAAGUGUAUUUAAUAACCAUCAGUAAUAUUGGGGAGGGCUGUGAUCAGCAUACUUUUAGUUUUAAUAGCACCAAUACACCUUUUUUCAUUCAAUCAUCGAUAAACGGUGGCGCUACGUGCAGCAAAACAUGGCUGCUAACAUCAUGGAAAUAUUGAAACAAAUACAACGUGAUUUAUCUGAUCAAAAACAGUAUAUGAGGAAUUUACAUGUCAUAAAUCGGAACCUGAAUGAAAAGUUUAUACUCAUGGAAGAAAAAAUAAAUAAUCUUGAUAAAAAUAACGAUCAACAACAAAUUCUAAUGACUAUAGAAAGGCUUGAGCAAGAAGUUAAAAAGAAUAAUAUGGUGUUGUUCGGAAAUGACGAAACUCACAUCAACUUGGAGGAAAAAACUACAAUGUCUUAUGAACCAGAUGAAAUGGAGAAGCCAGGCUCCUUCGAGAGUAACUCCAAGACAACUAUUGAAAUUGCCGAGUUAAACGAAUUUAAAAAUACUGAAGUAGUACAAAUGGAAGAAAUAAAUCUAAAUUAUGAUGACACAGGAAAAAAUAUAGACCAUUUUCGUAAUGAACUAAAGGAAAUGAAACAGUUGGUAAAAGAUUUUGUAGCAAUAAAACAAACGCCUAUUGAUAAAAGCUGCAAACAAAAUUCUGGAAAGAUGGUCACUACUUUUAUAAACGCAGAUCAUAUCAAUAGGCUCGAUGAUAAACUUCAGCAAAUAUCUGACGUGCAUGCGUCUGAUAUGGAGAAUUUGAGGAAAUCAAUUAAGAAUUUUGAAGAAAUGAUUAAACCUUGUGUUGUAAAAGCACAAAACACAGCCCGGCAAUAAGAUACUGCCCAGACAUUCUCAACAUAUUUCAGCAUUGAACAGAUCAAUCAACUUAAUGCUGAAAUUAAACGAGUCACAGGCAUGAAUCAGUCCGAGACAGAAGACAUUAAAGAUUUAAUAAAAAAUUUGGUAGCAACCAGCAAAAUCCCAAUCAAAGAGUCUGUAAGUACUAUCCGUGAAGGAACUAUCCAGAUACCAUCAACUUAUUUUACAACAGAACAUUUCAACGAGUUUAAUGUCAAAUUGAUGCGAGAGAUAGAAGAAAUUAAGAAAUUAAUUAAUGAGUUUAUUGCAACAAGUAAAGUGUGGAAUGAGGAUGCUAAAGAAAUAAGUACAACCGAGGAGACCGGACUGGCAUUACCUAUUUGUUCUGAAUUAAAACGAAUCACGAGAACAAAUCAGUCUGAUGUGAGAGAAAUUAAAGAACUAAUCAAGGAUGUAGCAACAAAAUUGCGUGUUAAUGUCGAAGAAGCUGUAAGUGGCAAACAGAAGACUGUUCAGAUAUCUCCGACAUAUUUCAGUCCAGACCAGAUCAGUAAACUCAACAGUGAACUGAAGCGUGUUGCAGAGAUAUAUCAGGGGACCGGCAUGUUCCCUGUUAUAGAAGUUGUACCGGGGGCUGCUGAUGAGCACCCUGUUAUGAAACAACUAAGGCAGGGUGUACGCUAUAAACCACGUGACUCGUGCGACCAAGAUCAGAUAGUCAAAUUAAAGCUCGGACUCGGAGGGUUUAAAAGAUUCGAUGUUAUAGAUAUGAUUACAGAAUAUCCAGAUUUAACUUUGGUUGAAGUUAUUAGGGAAUGGUGGUCACCUCGUAAAGACAGAAGCAGGACAUGGCAGGAAGCUUAUAAAUUAUACAAUUUCAGUGCUCCACUGACGCGUGACAAGGAUGGCAACUUAGUACCAUUAGAAUCGUUCAAAUAAUUUAUCUAUGUAUUCUUUUUUUAACUAGCUUCUGACCGCGACAUAUCGUCUACAUAAAUGAUAAUUUCCGAAGGCCUCAAGAGUUUAACUACUUAUUUCUUAAUUUAGCAUGUUUUUAGAGUGAUUUAAUAAUCAUUAUGAUUGACCCUAUCGAUUGGUCUCAUAAAAGUACAAGUAGUUUUUUUAUUUAAUUUUAGCCGGUCCGAUUAUUUUGAAAUAUCUCUAAAUGCUGUUUUGUUUCUUUUCAAAAAUAUAUAAUUUACAGUAUUUACAAGUUGAAUUACUUUACAAUCACUUUUGAAUCAUCAA